AAAGGUGCGCAGAGGCUGCGGCGGCCACAACAAGAUGGCGGCGUGUGGACGUGGGAGCCUUGUGUUGGCGGCGGCUGAUGGCCGGCAAUGGCUGCGGGCCUUGCAUUGUAUGCUGGCAACGACAAUGGCGCUUACUUUUCUAUGCUCGUGUCUCUGCGUUGCGGAAGCACCGAGAAACCUGGAUCGUCCUCCGGACACGAAGAAGGCGGAGGGGCCUGACCUACCACAGGUUCAGCAGCAACAGCAGCAGCAGCAGCAACAGCAGCAGCAGCAGCAGCAGCAGCAGCAACAACAGCAGCAGCAGCAGCAGCAACAACAGCAGCAACAGCAGCCACCGCAGGGCCAGGGGAAACCUCCGGUCCCCCCGUUCCAAGUGCAGGGCCGUCCUGUGUUCCAGCCCCCGCGGAAGAACAUCUGGCGGAUUUCGGAGGACCUAGCGUGUCGCGAAGAUGUGCUCCGGGUCUGCCCUAAACACACCUGGCAGAACAAUUUCGCAGUGCUCGAAUGCUUGCAAGACUUGCGAGAGGCAGAUGAUGAAAUUUCCUCAGACUGCAACCAUCUGCUGUGGAACUAUAAAUUAAACCUGACAACUGACCCUAAAUUUGAAGCUGCAGCAGGCGAAGUUUGCAAAACUACCCUUGGUGAAGUAAAGGACUGUGCUGAGCAAGAGCCAGGAAAAGGCUAUAUAAUUUCCUGCUUGAUUGAGCAUCGUGCAAAUAUAACUGAAUACCAGUGUCGUCAGUUCAUAAGCAAAAUGACAGCUAUCAUCUUCAGUGAUUACCAGUUGAUUUGUGGCUUCAUGGACAGCUGCAAGAGUGACAUCAACCAGCUCAAAUGUGGCAGCAUCAGGCCUGGUGAAAAGGAUGUACAUUCACAGGGGGAGGUGGUAUCCUGUUUAGAAAAGGCUUUAGUUAAUGAAGAAAAGAUUAUUUCUCAAAACUGCAAGAAGGCCAUCCUCCGUGUUGCAGAACUUUCCUCUGAUGACUUCCACCUGGACAGGCACCUGUACCUUUCCUGCCGAGAUGAUCGGGAGAGAUUCUGUGAAGAUAUUCAGGGUGGUGAGGGACGUGUGUACAAGUGUCUUUUCAACCACAAGUUUGAAGAUGCUAUGAGUGAUCAGUGUCGUGAGGCACUUACAACAAGACAGAAGCUAAUUGCUCAGGAUUACAAAGUGAGUUACUCCCUGGCCAAGGCAUGCAAAAAUGACCUCCGCAAAUAUCGGUGUAACACAGACAACUUGCCACGUGCCCGUGAGGCUCGACUGUCUUACUUACUGCUCUGUCUGGAAUCUUCUGUGCACCGGGGUCGACAGGUGAGCGGUGAGUGCCAGGGCGAGAUGUUAGAUUAUCGUAGAAUGCUGAUGGAAGAUUUCUCAUUAAGCCCCGAGAUUAUUCUUAAUUGUCGUACUGAGAUCGAACUCCACUGCUCAGGGCUACAUCGAAAAGGAAGGACGUUACACUGCUUGAUGAGACUGGGACGAGGCGACAAGGGCAGUCUGGGCCAGAACUGUCAGCAGGCACUUCAGACCCUAAUUCAAGAAACAGACCCUGGUGCAGACUACCGCAUUGAUCGAGCUUUGAAUGAAGCGUGUGAGUCAGUCAUUCAAACUGCUUGCAAACACAUCCGCAGUGGAGAUCCCAUGAUCCUCUCGUGUCUGAUGGAGCAUCUUUACACCGAAAAGAUGGUGGAAGAGUGUGAGCAUCGACUACUUGAGCUGCAGUACUUCAUUUCCCGUGACUGGAAGCUGGAUCCUGUUCUUUAUCGCAAGUGCCAGGGUGAUGCUUCAAGGCUGUGCCAUACUCAGGGUUGGAAUCAAACAAGUGAGAUGCUACCUCCUGGAGCAGUGUUUUCUUGCUUGUAUCGCCAUGCUUAUCGUACAGAGGAACAAGGGCGCAGGUUAUCCAGAGACUGUCGAGCAGAGAUUCAACGGAUUCUUCAUCAAAGAGCCUUGGAUGUGAAGAUGGAGCCUGGAUUACAAGAACGCUGCAUAAUAGACCUUGGGAAAUGGUGCAGUGAGAAGACAGAUCCUGGACAGGAACUGGAGUGUCUCCAGGACCAUCUUGAUGACUUGGCAGUGGAAUGCAGGGAAAUAGUGGGUAACUUGACAGAGCUGGAAUCAGAGGAUAUUCAGAUUGAAGCGCUGUUGAUGAGAGCCUGUGAUCCUGUCGUUCAGAUGUAUUGUCACGAGUUAGCAGACAACCAGAUUGAUAGUGGGGAUCUGAUGGAGUGUCUGGUUCAAAAUAAACACCAGAAAGAGAUGAAUGAGAAGUGUGCUGUUGGAGUUACACAUUUCCAAUUGAUUCAAAUGAAAGAUUUCCGUUUCUCAUACAAGUUUAAGAUGGCGUGUAAAGAAGAUGUGUUGAAACUGUGCCCAAACAUCAAGAAGAAGGUGGACGUUGUGUUCUGUCUGAGCACCACAGUACGAAAUGACACACUUCAGGACAACAAGGAACAGCGUGUCUCCAUUAAAUGUCGGAAACAGUUGCGUGUGGAAGAAUUAGAAAUGACUGAGGACAUUCGUUUGGAGCCUGAGCUUUAUGUGUCCUGCAAAACAGACAUUGACAAAUACUGUCAGAAUAUUCCAUUUGGGAAUGCACAGGUAGUCGAGUGUCUAAAAGAUGCCAAGAAGUUUCUCUCCAGCCAUUGUCAUGACAAAAUCUUCAAACUACAGGAGACAGAAAUGAGUGACCCCGAGCUAGAUUACACCCUCAUGAGAGUCUGCAAGCAAAUGAUUAAGCGUUACUGUGCUGAUUCUGACUCCAAGAAUGUGCUGCAGUGCCUGAAACAAAAUAAGAAUGCUGAACUCAUGGAUCCCAAAUGCAAGCAGAUGAUCACCAAACGACAAAUCACACAGAACACUGAUUACCGUUUAAAUCCAGUUCUGAGGAAGGCUUGCAAGGCUGAUAUCCCUAAAUUCUGCCAGUCCGUUUUAAACACUGUAAAAGAUGGCAAAGAACUGGAGGGACAGGUCGUCUCCUGUCUGAAAAUGAAAUACGCUGACCAGGUACUGAAAGGACAGCGUUUGUCUUCAGAUUGUGAAGAUCAGAUCCGUGUGAUUAUCCAAGAGUCUGCUUUGGACUACAGGCUGGAUCCUCAGUUGCAGAUCCACUGCACUAAAGAGAUUAACACGUUGUGCGGAGAGGAGGCGGCAGCACAAGAGCAGACUGGCCAGGUAGAGGAGUGUCUGAAAAUCAACCUGCUGAAGAUUGCACGAGAGGCCUGCAAAAGGGAGGUGCUGAACAUGUUGCAAGAGAGCAAAGCUGACAUCUUCGUGGACCCUGUGCUUCAUGCAGCCUGCGGCCUAGAUAUCAGGCACCAUUGUGCUUCAAUCCUUCCUGGCAAAGGACGCCAAAUGUCAUGUUUGCUCGAACAACUUGAAGAUAAAACAGUGAGAUUACAACCAGACUGCAAAAAGAGAUUACAAGAUCGUCAGGAAAUGUGGAGUUAUGCAGCAAAGGUUGCCCCAGCUGAGGGUUUUGCAGACUUGGCCAAUCAAGUUAUGACAUCUCCAUCCAAAAAUUACUUGAUGGGCUUGUUGGCAUUGGGAGUGUGCGUCCUAUUUCUACUGGGCAUGACCUGUGGUAGGAUCACCAAACGAGUGGCACGGGUGCUGAAGGAUAGGUUGCCCCAGCUGAGGGUUUUGCAGACUUGGCCUAUCAAGUUAUGACAUCUCCAUCCAAAAAUUACUUGAUGGGCUUGUUGGCAUUGGGAGUGUGCGUCCUAUUUCUACUGGGAAUGACCUGUGGCAGGAUCACCAAACGAGUGACACAGGAGCUGAAGGAUAGGUAGAGCAUGGUUCAAGCCUGCUUUUGUACAGCCUCUGUAUAGUCUCCUUAAAUAAGAGCAGCGGACGUAAUCCAGUCCUUUACACUGGCUCGCAGUUUGCUCUGCACCAAUUUUGCCUGCAGAACAAAUAUGCGAACUAAAAGCUGCUGCUUCUGCUCCAGCAGGACUCCUCUCUUUAGUUUCCUGUAGACUUGGUUUCCAAUGUAUAUCCGAAUCACGUUCACCCAGAUCAGCAAGUCUUAUUGGUAGCAGUCUAAUCCAACAGAGAUUCUCACCUGUAGGAAAGUUAACUGCCACAACUGGAAUGAUUCCAAAGAAUUGCAUCAGUUCAAGUAGAUUGUAGGAUACUUUAGAAAAGUGGCUGCUUCAACUCUUGUGGUCUGUACACAUCGGAUUGAUUUAUUCAUUUUUUAUUAAAGAUUGUUCAUGCUUGCUGUAGGUGAUGGUGAGGAAGAGAAAACGGGCUUGUAAAUUAAAUUGUGUGCCAGUGAUUUUAAGGGACCUGUCUGCAGAACAUAAAGAUUGAGCCACUCUUCUAAGGUGUCCACAUGUAUUCAGGCCAAAUUCACUGUAUAUUUGAAAUGUUUGGCAUUGUGUAAAUUGGUGGUCAUUAUUUUAUUUGUAUCCUGUGCUUUGAAGAUUGGGUUUCUUUUGCAGCUCCAGUUUGUGUUCAUUUUGUCACUUUAUGCCCCAGGACUUUUUGAAUUAUGCCCCAAGGCUCAUUAAUUGAUUCAUUAUAUCCUGCACAAUUUUUUCACAGCUCAAUUUUGAUCAUGGUUCUCUGAAAAAAAAAAAAGGUUUUCUAGUGGGAAAUAACCAGCCUAAAAUUAUUUUGUUUUAGGAGAAUGUAAUUUCAUGAGGUGAAUAUUCACACACUGUUACAGCAGUGAAUUGUGUGAUUAUAUGGCAUAAGCUACGAUGUAAAGAAUGAAACAUAUGAUGUAAAAUAUUGCUGACUUGGAAUCAAUAGAAGUAAAUUUCUGUGGCAGUGUAUUUUGCCCAUUCAAAAAAAAAUCUGUUUGAACAAAUGCCAAAAUCUGCUAGCUGUUUGAACUUUUGUAGUUGUUUGAAAUUCGUUUUACGCUGAGAGACUACUUGGUCAUGAAGUUAGUGAUCAGAUAAUAAACCAAAUGCUUUAAUCAGCCUCAGUCAGAUUUGACAGGAUCUCUGUUGGAUGCACCCAAGGGUGCUACCAAUGAUCAAAACUAUUUCAUCAGACUGUUGUAAAUCCCAUCAGUUGCACAAUGAUCUAAUUUGGCAAUGUACAUUUUAAAUACUGAUCUCUGACUGUUAACAGAAGUAUCUCACACAAUUAUUUUUGCCCUAUGUGUUGACUUUUCAGCCUUAUUUAUUGUUUACUAAUAAUUUUUAGCAGGGUCACAGCCUGCAACUGUCGACUCUUUUCUGUUGCCUUGUUUAAAGUUCUUGUGUGGAUAUACCUGGUCACUUUUGUGACUCCAUCAUGGUGAGAGGGUGACCUGCAUGUUGCAGACAUGGGAUUAUCAUUUUUUUAAAUUUCCUUUGUAGGGUGUUUAACAUUUUUAAUACAGAUUAUCUGUAGUGAAAUUGUGUACAGGGGUGCUACAAGAUGUUACCCUGUGUGUUGUACAGAGAAAACGCGGAAAAGUUGUGCAUUGUUCUGCUGUAGGUGUCAAUGUCACUUUGAAGUAAAAUUUACAAACCAGGAUUUGUAAACUUUUUUUCUGUGUAUAAAAUCCACUUUCUCAACGUAAAAUAUACUUGUUCCCAAUCAUGCUGUGUAAUUUGAGAUGUUAAUGAAAUCCUAACAUACAGGCUCUUUGUUCUGUACAGAUGAAAUGGCAGAAUUUAUUAAUAAAAUGGUCUGCAGGUUUUUAAA